AUGCCCCAGAAGUCAAAAACACCUGGAACGUGUCCCAGGCAUCUGAUGUCUACAGUUUUGGAAUCCUGCUACUUAACUUCUAACGCGGAAGUCCCCUUUACAUUCCACAGAGGAACAGAUGAUAAAAAUAUUACAAAUAGGGAUGAGUUGGCAAAAAACCCUAAGAAGAGACCUAAAAUAUCUGAAGUAGUAAAAAUGUUGGAGGAUAUUAGAAUGAUGAGCAAAAGGUAUCUCCUUCAGCAGAAGCUUGUAUUUACUGAGGGUUUUGAUCCUUCUUUCGACAUCAAUGAUAUGUUGAGGGCUUCUGCAGAGGUUAUUGGGAAUGGAACCUUCGGGAAAUCAUACUAG